AUGCAGGAGCUCCAGGAGCUGGAGUCGGAGCCUCUAUGCCAUCGUAUUGCCGCACGUCUCCUCGUCAACAACUGUCAGCUGCUUGACGGUAAAGAUGACGCCACCGUUCUCCUCGAUAGCGGCAGACAGAUCAGAGACUUCGUCGACUCAUACGCUGCUAGUCUCGCCAUCUGCGACCUCGAGAGGGGAAGCUUCGCUAUUCCUGCGGACUGCAAGCCCUUCCGAGAGUCGACACUGGCCAGCAUCCCCGACUCAAAGUUCCCUCAGCUUCAUGUCUCCCCUCAGCAGAUCGAUUCUUGCUUGUCAGGUCUGGCCAGGUCGGAUUCAGCAUGGAACACAUGGGUCAGCUACCGUCAUAAAGCCUUGCGAUUUUGCGAGGCUGCUCGCGCAGAUAAUGAAAAAGCUCAGAGCAUUCGCCUGCACCAGCGCUUGACAGAAGUGCUUUCGAAGCUAUCCGAGGGGGUCGAACGGGAGCUGGAGAUGCAUCUCCAGGCGAUCAACACAAGAGCUACCGAAGCCACCGAACAACUACGCCGCAUCAUCCCCGACAUUGAUCAACUGCGGAACAGUCUGCGGGAUAUCGAUCAUACACUCUCCCAUGAGAUGAUGCAAUCAGCGCAGGCUUCCCGUCACGUUAUGCAAGCGGGGUUCGAGGAUGCCCAGAACUUGCAGCAGCUCUUGGCUGUUAUCCUGAAGACAGCUUUGAGCAGCAAUGCUGAAGUCGCAGCUUCGCAUGACGUUGCGCUCACGACAUUCAAAGAUCGCGCCGAAAACGAGAUUGGCGUUGUCAUGGCGGCGCUUGCAUCGGCUGCGUUGUCUUCUGCAUCUCUCCAAAAUAUUAUGGAACAAUCUCAUCACCGGGUCAUGGAGCUCGCUGGUCGACAAGAGAACCUAGAAAAGGGGAUGGGCAAACUGGUUACCCUGACGGAGAACCUCUCAUCAAAGUACGAGAGUCAUACGGAUCAAUUGACGGAAGCGCAAGAAAAGUCAGAGAAUCUCCUGGGUGCCUUGGACAAGAUGGCAACUUCUGCAUCUGACGUUCGCGGUUCCAUGAAGAGUUCCUCAAGCUGGUUGAAAUGGGUCCCAUACCUCGUCUGUCCCACCGGCACCCUGCUCAUGGGAUCGUACGGUCUCCCUCCAUCAGCUGCUCGCAAUUUGAUGCUCAUCGGUAUAGCCGGUUGUCUUACAUCUGCGGGAUUAAUUGAAGACGAGACGAACAUGGUCACGAUGCCGAACAAGGUCAAGAUUGCCCUCAUACAGAUGCAUCCAAAGGCCGUUGCGCCGGAAGAGAACUUUCGCAAAGCAGAGUCGUAUAUACGCUCCGCCGCCUCGCAGGGCUGUUCCCUCGCCGUCCUGCCAGAGUACCAUCUCACAUCCUGGAUACCGGAGCACCCCGACUUCGUGUCGAGCUGCGAGCGGUCGGGCGCAUAUCUGGGCAGGUAUCAGGCCCUGGCCAAGGAGCUCGGCAUAUCCAUCGUCCCCGGCACCAUCGUGGAGCCGGAGGGCGAAGGCGACGACCUAGACCUCAUCAACGUGGCUUAUUUCGUCGGCCCGGACGGCCGUGUGCUCGGGCGGUACGAGAAGAAGAACCUCUGGCACAACGAGCGGCCGCACCUCACCAAGGGCCCGCAGCCGCACGGGGCCUUCGACACGCCGCUCGGCCGGGCCGGGCUGCUCGUCUGCUGGGACCUGGCGUUCCCCGAGGCGUUCCGGGAGCUGAUCCGCGACGGCGCGAGGAUCAUCGUGUGCCCCGCGUUCUGGAUGGCGGACGAGUACAAGCGCGCCGGGUCCGGGGAGGUGGUGAACCGGGACUCGGAGAAGGUGUUCCUGGAGAACGUGGUCGUGGCGAGGGCGUUUGAGAACACGGCCGCCAUCGUGCUGGUGAACGCGGGAGGGCCUAAGGGAGGGAUCGAGAAGAGGCAGGACGGGGGGAGGUUGAGGUAUUGCGGCGUCAGCCAGGUUGCUAUGCCGCUGGUAGGAUCGCUUGGGAAGCUGGGCGCCGAGGAGGACAUGAGCGUUGUCGAAGUUGAUCUGGGCUUGUUGGAUGUUGCCGAGGGCGCUUACAAGGUCCGGGAGGACAUGAGGAAGGAGGGCUGGCAUUACGGGUAUUCCAUCAUCAAGGAGUAG